GGAAGGACUCCGAUAAUGUGGGCGGUCCUGCGAGGCCAUAGAAAGGUAUCACGUUACCUUUUAAACGUGACGCCUCCGGAAUCUUUGGCGAUUCUCGACUGCGGAGGAGACAAUGUGCUGCAUUACAUGGCGAUUUUAGGACGCGUUUGGCUGGACAUAUGGUCAGACAUCUGUAGGAUUUGUCCGGACGCCUCAUGCUGUCACUCCAGAAAGGGACGACGACCAUCUGAUGUUGUACGGCGCUGGAGAAACAGGAGUGAAGACCACAAAAAACUCUGGCAGUUCAUGUGUAAACAAGAAUAUCAGCGUGGAGUUGCCGAGAACUUUGAGGAAAAGUCAAAUAUUACAAUCACUUGUAUUGGACAUGAGGGUGUUGGGAAGACAUGUCUUGUGAAACAGUUACUGGAGGAACAAAUCCCAAAGGAAGGUCCCGGCUCUACUGACACAGCAUAUCUACUGACUAAUCAUCUUUUCGUAAAUCAGAGAACGCGAACUCGCGAGAGAGUACGAAAUGGUAAAGAAAUGGAGACUGGGCGACAACGUUUACGACGUGUCAUUCGCCGAUACAGAGACAGGUCAAGUGAUCCAGAAGGAUCAGGAUCUGACGGUGAGACUGACGAGAGUAAGACAACCACACCUAUGGUGAAUACCAGAUCGUAUGCAACCGCUGACGACCCAUCACUCUCCCCGACCACGCCCCCAAGUCCACUCUCUGAUCGAGACGAUCUAUCUCUUGAACCGGAAACGGAAGUCACGGAUGAACAGAUGGAGACAAUGGAAACAGUUAUGAGUGUUGAAAACACCGACGAGGAACCAACUGGAUUUGUGACCAUCUAUGAUUUUGGUGGGGAGAAAAUCUUCUAUAACACGCAUCACUGUCUCAUGUCUAGUGAUAUGAUAUUUAUUCUAGUGUUUGAUGUGGCCAUUUGUCUAGACCCCGAAACAGAAGAGGGGGGAUUUGAAAGGAUUGAAUUCUGGCUGCGAUCCAUCGCUACCUACGCUAUUGACAAAACUGAAAGUGAGGUUGGAACUCCACCGAUCAUUUUGAUUGGUUCACAUAUGGACCUAGUCUCUGGAACAGAAGAAGAGAAGGACGCUAAGUUUGGAGAAGUCUUGGAGAAGCUAUACAACAAACCAGCCAUCAGAGAAAUUAUGGAAAACCAUGUCCAGGAUAUGUAUCACAUCGAAAACAUGAACGACUCUAGCAAAAACAAACCCUUGUACCAACAACUGUGGGACAAAAUCGUGGACGUGGCACACCUACAGUCCCAAUGGAAAUCUCUAGUCCCAGCCAGAUGGCUCGCGCUGGAACAGGAGUUGUUCAAAAAGAAAGACGAAGACUUGAAUGUCCUUACAUACCAGGAACUUGUCGCCAUCAAUAACAAGCUGGUUGUGCCUCUCCCUGAGGAAGACAUCAAACCAUUUCUGUUACAUUUACACCUCUCGGGGUCGAUACUAUCAUACGGUCUAGAAGGAACCUCGCCAGUUGUAGUGCUAAAACCUCAGUGGAUGAUAGAUGCUUUCAAACACAUUAUCACGGCUCCGAAGUUCAAGACAGGAUUAUCCCCAAAGGAAAGACUUCAAUGGAAAGAAUAUGAAAGGACAGGAAAGUUGACUUUUACAUUUCUAAAGGUUUUGUUGUCAAAGGACCCGUCUGGUGGAUUUCUAGAAAAAUACGAGAUGCUGUGCACUGUUAUGGAGGUGUUGGGUUUGAUCUCUAAACCUCUUCCUGAAGACCUGAAGAAAGAUGUGACGUUCUAUCUCGUGCCAGGGAUGCUCCAGAAGCCAGAUACCAACGUAGUAUUGACAAUACUCUCUGAUCCAGGCGUUACCAUGACACCUGUCCUGUGUAUCGUGUUUGACAACCCAUUCAUACCUCAAGCGAUAUGGGACAAAACCAUUGCUGCGUGUAUUGUUCGCUUCCAGCCAAUGAACGAGCCAGGAUACGACGGGUCAAAGUUCAUACAACGUGGUUUAGUUUGUCUGUCGGUCGAUCACAGAUGGAAUAUGAUCAUCAACUGUCAAGGUCACGUGAUGAAGGUAGUCAUGUUUACAACAGAGAGAGCGAAAGGUGAAACUCGAAUGAUAGGGGUUGGCAUACAGUUACAAAAGAUAUUAGAUUACCUGCUUAACAGAAUCCUUCAGAUGAACCAACAAAGUCAUCUUGGGUAUGAUUACUUCCUGCAUACGGACUUCCGGUUUUCCCUGGAAGAAAAAAGAGUUCGAGUCGAUGACCUUAGGACGGAAUCCUCUAUGAAAUGCUAUAGUUCUAAUGGGACCCAAUGGCUGGAGCGGAAACACUUCAGUGUUUGGUUUGAUGAACCGGAUGUGGAACAGGACUGUCCUGAUAUUGAUAAAACCGUAUUAUCUGGAAUCCCAGACAGAAAGCCGACUGUGCGGGAGAUAGGCCGGAUUUCCAAAUACAUCGAUGGGUCCUUUCAGAUGUUCUUCAUGGAGCUUGGUUGUCCGAGUCAUCUUAUUGACCAGACGCUGAUGGAAUACCGGUACCUCUCUUUCCGGUCAAUCGUCACCCGUGUCUUGAUCACGUUGUGUAACAGACAACCGGAUAUCCGGUUUCCUCAAAUCUAUGCCGCCAUGAUGGAACACGGGAUGCACGCUGACAGUUUAUUGGAAACUGUAGAGCAGAACCAAGCUGAAUGUCGACAUCUUCAAGGACUCGAUGUCCCGGAGAAGCUGCUAGACACGUGUCCCUCCAUGGACGAUAUAGACACCAUCGUCGCUUUUAUAGGCAAGUCAUAUUUCAACCUUUUCAUUGAACUUGGUUUUGACGUCACGACUCUGGACCGAUACGACCAAAGCUUUACAAGCUGUGAUAUAAAAGAGAAACUCGCCAGUCUUACCACGAAAUGGAUACAGGGCGAAACCUCCGAGCCUACGAUAAGACAACUCCUUGUGUGCAUGCGUGACUGUGAUAUGGACUUUGCUUCACUCGCUGACAAAUUGAUGAAUAAAAAUAAAGACGUGUAA